AUGGAACGGCUCCGAGUUAUAUUUGCUGCCGAACGGAUUUUUUUUAGCAAAACGGUGAUUGGCAUAGCUGAUUUGAUUGAGAAAACGUUGAAAGAAGCGGCUGCGGCCGAAUCUGAAACAGUGGCGGCUAAAACAAUACAAACAUGUUACGAUAUCAUUGAUCGGUACAUCGUAACGGCACCUCAUAUUCAUGAGGUGGCAAUCUCGUCUGUACCCCUUGUGGCAGCAGUGUUCUACAAUAACUGCUAUUAUAUCAGUCAUCGUUUAAUGCUUAUCAUGGUUAAAGUAUUACCGAAACUGCAGUCUGCUUUUGAGUCCAAGAAUUUGCGUGUGCUGUUGGUUGAUUUUAUCCCUCGUCUGCGUUUAGUAGCUGCCGAUUCAAUGGAGAAACAGUUGAUGCACUGUCGACAUCAGUUAUCCACUCUUUUGGCCGAUGAUAAAAUUUUCAUUGGCUUGGAUGAUGUUUCGCGGCACGAACAGUGCAGGAAAUGUUUGGAUGGAUGUAUGAUGCAGUUGGAGAAGAUUUCAGGAAUUUGGAAAAAGCUGGUAUUGUCCAUGGAAGAUAUUCGGGCCAACGAUGCGGAGCUCUGUGCUCUUGCGCUCAGCAAAGUUUUGAAAGAGUGCGAAUUGUUGGUUGAUAGAUCGGGGCAUUCUCCUAUCAAUAAGAAAGUUGAGCUGGAAUUUUGUCGCAUGCACGAAGUGGUAUUUUGCCUGGAAGCAUCUUUACAGUUCAUUACACAACGAAGCCAUUUGGCUACAGUGCAGGCAAGUCCAGCUCCCAGUUAUGGUGUCAAACCUUUGGAAAAAAUUAGAAAUAUAGGUUUGUCUGUCAAAUUUUUGCCCCUUCUGUCUUAUAAAUCAAAUUUUCUGUCGUAA